ACCCGUUCCCCCAUACCGUCGUCAGUAUGGUAUACGCUCUCGUGACGUGCGUUACCACAACACCAUAAACGUUCACUUUAUAUCUCGCGAUACUGUCGCAUUUUGGUUGUGUGCGCGAUCGUGAUUUGUAGGUCUUAUUGAUAUUGUUUAUUUUUCCGUAUUGAAAAAUUAGUAGUUGACAAUAAUAUUGUCUGUACGUUUGUUGUCUUCACGCCGUUCGCUCCGCCAUGAAGUGCGUUGUUAUCGUCGUCGUUACCGCCGAUUUCGCGAUGCGUUGCUGACGCGGCUGCUCGGAGUUCGCGGAAGGAACGCGAGCCAACACCGCCGACGGUGACGACAGCGCGCGAGACAUACACAGCGCGCAGUGCACGCACGACGCGUCAUGUCGGCGGGGCCGUACGGGACUAUCAUGGAUGAGUUGGGCGGCUUCACGGAGGUGCCCAUCUCGUACCGGCACAUCUCGCGGUUCCAGCCGUACCGGGUGCAACCGUACCAGGCGCACGUACAGCCCGUGGCCGCUCGCAAGGUCAAGUCGUCGACGGCAGUGGAACGGCGGACCAUGGCCGGCGGGUGUCAGUACGACGAGAACCGGCCCACGCACGUGCACCGCCUGUACCCCGAAAUACUGGCGUUGAUCUUCAGCUACCUGGACGUGCCGGACAAGGGCCGUGCCGCUCAGGUGUGCACUGCAUGGCGCGAGGCCGCUUGGUACAAAUCGGUGUGGCGCGACGUCGAGGCCAAAAUCGAUAUGUGCCGGUCGUCGCAUCCCAUGUACGAGAGCCUCAAGCAACGCGGAAUCAAGCGAAUCCAGGUGCUGUCCGUGUCCCGGUACAAGUGUCUGCGCGAGAUCGUCCAGAACGUGCCUAACCUGGUGUCGCUGAACAUGAGCGGCUGUUACCACAUCAAGGACGAGGACCUGCACCAGAUGUUCCUCGAACACCACCCGAACAUCACCGAACUCAACUUGUCGCUGUGCAAGCAGCUCACCGACGGCGGUCUCAUACGAAUCGCCGACACGCUCCGCGGCCUCACCCGGCUCGAGAUCCAGGGCUGCUCGUACAUCACCAACAAGGGUUUCUCGCACAUCGCGCGAAAACUCAAGAAACUUAAGUAUCUCAACCUGCGGUCGUGCUGGCACCUGUCCGACGUGGGCCUGUCGCACAUCAGCGGCGCCAGCAAGGACUCGACCGACGGCAAUGCGCAACUCGAGUUCCUGGGACUACAAGACUGCCAGCACAUCACCGACGAGGGCCUCAAGUACGUAUCCGAGGGCUUACGCUCCCUGCGCAGCCUCAACCUGAGUUUCUGUGUCAACAUCACAGACACCGGUCUCAACUAUGUGUCACGCAUGAACACUCUGGACGAGCUGAACUUGAGUGCAUGCGACAACAUCUCUGACAUUGGUAUCGGUUACCUAUCCGAAGGUUGCACCAAGUUGGGCAGCCUCAACGUGUCGUUCUGCGAUAAGAUCGGCGACCAGGCACUUCUCCAUGUCUCCCAUGGGCUGUAUGGCCUGCACACCCUGUCCUUAGGUUCAUGCCAAAUAUCUGACGAUGGCAUACUGUACAUAUCGAAAUCGCUUCGCAACCUCGAAGUGCUCAAUAUUGGCCAGUGCAACUCAGUCACUGACAAGGGUCUGGAGCAUUUGUCUGAUUCGUGCAAACUGCUGCGGUCCAUAGACUUGUACGGGUGCACAAAGAUCACCAAAGAAGCCAAAGAGAAGAUUCUAAAAAUGCCAAACAUCAGGAGGGAUACGGUCAACGAAGACUUGUGGCAACUUAGAUGACCGAAGGAAUAUUUUGUUUUUUAACAUUUCAAUAUGUGAUAUAUAUUUAUAAUUUAGGUAAGUUAGUAACAUAUUAUGUUUUGUUGAGAAUAUCGGGUUCUGCCAUCAUUUCUGUUUGACAACAUCUAUUCAUAUUAUUAUUAGGUAUUAUUAUUAUUAUUAUKAUUAUUAAUUAAUUAUUAUUAUUAUUAUUACCUAGGUAUUAAUAAAUAUUACAUACAUAAUUGAGAAAUUUGUCAAGCUUUCCUGCAGUUUUUUUUAUGUUUUAAUGGCAUUAUUUUUCUAUUCUCAUGAAUGAAAUUUUAGCAUUUUACUUGAACACAACUUGAACCAUGUUUAAUCUUGAGCUUAUUCAACAAAAUGUUACAUCAUUAUUAUUAUUAUUUUGAAAAACUAAAUUAUAAUUCAUAGUUAAUUUAAUUCUCAUAGGUCAGAUUCCUUUUCGACUUCAUUUAGUUAAUUCUGUAUUACAAAUUAUAUAAUCGUUAUUUUAUUAUGUUUUUAUCUUAAUCUUGACCUUCAAUAUCACUCUCUAAAGCUGACAAAUUUUGCAAUUAAACCAUCUAUCGUUGUUGGCUUGUCUAUUAUUUUUUUUCUAUAGAUAUUAUUCAUUUUAUGUUUGAUUUAGGUACCUUACUUGUCUUCUUUUGUUAUAAUUCAGAAACUAGUUUCACCCUGUUCCAUUUCAGUUACUUACAUUUUGUACAUCAAUGUGAUAAUUUAGUUUAAUGCUCAUCAUUUAAUAAAAAAAAUAUAUUAU